CGAAUAUAAACCCCUCCUAGGUCACUACGGUUCCGUAACCCUUUCUGUCUCCACUCAAUCGUUACCGUGUGCUUGCAAAUAUACAUAACCAGUCAUUCUUUUGUAUUUUAGAGCUUCAUUCGGAAGCUUGCCAUCAUGGCUUACCUUAUGAGAGCAAUGCUUCUCCUUGGAGCACUUGUUCGUCCGUCCUCUUGCUCUCCUUUUCUCACGAAACGGGGCGACACCAGCUUGCUGCCUAGUUACGAUUACGUUGUUGUCGGCGCUGGUGCCAGUGGACUCACUGUUGCUAACCGACUUUCUGAAGAUCCGAGUGUAACUGUCCUUGUCAUUGAGGCCGGUGAACAUGACGCAGGCGAGGAUAUCGUCAAGAUACCCGGGCUAGCUGGAGGCGCGGUUGGAACAAAGUACGACUGGAACACGACCUACGUCGCCAAUGAAGCGCUAGGUGGCCGAGUUGUUCCUAUCCCUCAGGGAAAGGUUGUUGGCGGUUCAACUAAACUUAAUCGAAUGGUAUUUGACCGUGGGUCAAAAUCUGAUUACGAUCGAUGGGAAAGUCUCGGGGCUUCGGGGUGGAAUUGGGAUACUUUGCUCCCCUACUUCAAGAAGAACGAAAAUUUCACACCUCCGAUCCCAGAGAUCAAGUCUGAAUGGGAUAUUGAGGUCGACACCGCCGCACAUGGCAACGAUGGACUAAUGCAGGUCACUUAUUCACCAUUCUUCUGGCCCACUACCAGGUUCAUGGUUGACGCUGUCAAAGAGCUCGGUAUACCUGUCGCCAAGGACCAGGCAAACGGAGGUCCUAUUGGUGGUUACUUUUGCCCUCACAACCUAGACCCUAAGACAGCGACUCGUUCAUCUGCCAGAGAGGCAUAUUACGACAACUUCACUGGGCGCCAAAACCUCCACCUUCUCACUGGACAUCAAGUCACAAAAGUGGUCACGGCUAGCUUAGGAGACUGCGUCAAGGCAACUGGAGUAGAAUUCGCUGCCAGUAAGGAUGCACAGACUCAGGUUAUCGAUGCGAACAAAGAAGUCAUUCUUGCAGCUGGAACACUCCACACCCCUCAGAUCCUUCAGGUUUCGGGCAUCGGUGACCCCGCCCUCCACGCGAGCAUCAACGUAUCGACCGUCGUUGAUCUCCCAGCCGUUGGCCAGAACCUCCACGACCACGUCCUCUUGACCGUGGUCAACACAAUCAACACCACUCUUCCUGUGAACUCAUUGUUGCAGAGCAAUGCUACCUUCGCCGCUGAUGCCCGAGCCCAAUACGAUAGUCACCAGAAUGGCCCGUUGAGCUCUCCUACUGGCGAUUUCCUCGCCUUCCUCCCGCUUUCCACCUACUCCAAGGCUAACCAGGCUCUCAAUACCCAAGCUACAGCUCAAGAUGGCACCGUGUUUCUGCCGUCGGGAGCCCCACCUGAAGUUGUGAAUGGAUAUCGGGCACAACACAAGGUUCUCAACGAGCGUCUUUUAGCCAAUGACUCCGCUCUUCUUGAGAUGAUCUGGGCAGACGGCGCAAUCAUUCUCGGUCUUCAACACCCUUACUCUCGCGGGAGCCUUCGUGCUGCCUCCCCCAGCACCUUUGAUGCCCCCAUCGCAGACUCCGCCUUCCUCAGGAACCCUCUAGAUGUUUCUUUGUUAGUUGAAGGGGUCAAGUUUACCCGCACUCUGACCGGCACUGAGUCUCUCAAGAGUCUGCAGCCUUUCGAGGUUGUCCCAGGCGCCAAUGUUACCACUGACGAUGCAAUCGCCGACUUUAUUCGCCAGCAGAGUAGCACCCUGUAUCAUCCAGUCGGCACUUGCAAGCUAGGCCCGAGAGAGGAGGGUGGCGUCGUAGACACCAAUCUGAGCGUUUACGGCAUUAAGGGUCUACGCGUUGUCGACGCGAGUAUCAUGCCUCUGUUGCCUGCGUCACACACCAUGACUACGGUUUAUGCUGUCGCCGAAAGGGCUGCAGAUAUCAUCCGAGGCAAGACGGCAUAAAUUGGUGAGACGUAAUAUAUAGCAGAGAAGCAUAAUGAGCAACGAACUUUCAUUCAAUGUCAUGAUGACUUGAAUGCGAAGCAAAUGAGGUGUCGACCUUCUCAUGUUUUUUGCGCAAUCUUUAUAAGUUUAGUAAGUCAAGGACUCAAGAUAUCAUGUAAUUAUCAGAUUAUCUUCUUCACUUUUCGCCUUCAAACAAUAUCAGAUUUCGAUUCAAAGACAAGCAUUCUGUCAGAAUAUUUUGUGAUAUUGACUGCAGGAUUCGUACCAGGAAACAAGUUGAUAAAUGAGAAUUAUUAUGGAUAUUAUCUGAUGGCCUUUGGCAUUCGAGCUAUCCACUAUCUAAAGUCCAAG